AAAUAUUCUUUGAAUUGCAGAAAUAAAAUACCACGCAUUUACAUUUUUAUGUCAAAUAAUGCUGCAAUUUUAUUUAAAUGAAAGACACAUCGGUUCGCUGAUUUAAAUCAGGGAUCGAAUCUCAAGAUAUCGUGCCGUAAUAAACACUUUCCUCUCAACAAAUGGAUGGAAAAUGGUAAAAAUGAUCUCAAAAAUGCACAUAAGCUUCAUGCUGCAUGAGAAGGUCCCCUUUCCUCUUCCUCCAACACGCAGACAGUCAAACCGACGGGCCCGUCACCGUCAAAAGUUGAACAUUGCUGAACUUUCCAAAGCGACGGCCGUCAGGUCCGGCGCCGGCGCAGUCAGCUGUUGCCGGCCGUCAAACGCUGCCGGUUCACACAUGCCCGUCGACCUGACGGCCGUCGCUCCGUCGGUUUCGGCCGUUUUGACGGUGUCGGGCCCGUCACCGGCAGACCUUACGGGCAAGUGUGAACUGCGUUUUAGUGUUGUGGCGGCGAACCGGUUUUACCUAGUUCUCUAUAUACCGUGAUGGCGCGGGUUCGUGUGCUCUGAGGGAGUCGGUUUUGCAUCGAUUUUUCUGGUGUUUCAAGGUCGGAGCCCGCUGCUCCGGCUGACUGCCGGCUGACUGCCGCCUGACCCGCCGGAGCGGCCUCGCCCCAGCAGCGCUGUCCCGCCGGUGGUUUCCGGCGCCGCUCGGCAGCCAGUGCCCGGCCAUGAGCGCGCCGCCGCCGCCGCCGCCGCCGCCGCGGCUGCUCGGCAUGAACUGGGAGCAGCCGUUCGCCUGCGGCCGGCCUGGCAGCUGGCUGGCCAUCGACCAGGCGUGUGUGGCGGUGGCCAACGGCGGCUGGGCGCCGCUGACGCUCUGGGCCCAGUCGGACCAGUGCCACGGCUGCGACUCGUGGCCGGUGAUGCGGGUGCCUGCGCUGGCGUUCGGCGUACAUAGCGUCAACACCACGUACGGCACGCGGCUGUCGCUGCGGAACGACAAUGGCACCUCCGUGUGCAGACUGGAGUACCAUUUCGGCGAGUUCGGCUGGUACCAGCUGUCGCCGCCCAAGCACAGCGGUUCUCAGCGCUGCUCACUGGCCGUCGUCACCGAGCCAGCCAAUAUAUACGCCCCGCUUUUACUCGCGGUGCUGACGCUGAUUGGUAUAACUCUACUUAUCAAGAGCAUUAACAAGAUGAGAGAACACUACGUGUUGGAGCGUGUGCUGCGGCUGGUGGGAGCGUCCUCGCUGCUGCGCAGGGACCUGGGUGACCCAGAGGAGUCGACCACCAUGGUGAGCGAGGAGCAGGCGCCUGGACCGGCCGGCGCCGAGCGGCGGCGCGCCCGGCUGCACGCGCUCGAUGUGUUCAGAGGCUGACCUCUUGACUGAGGAGCCGACGGCGGCGUGGCCGGAGAGUAACGGCCGGCUACCUGACUGUCAGGCCGACGGUCUGCCUCUAGCCGCGCUGACGGACCCAGUCAUGGCUUGGGGCUGUGGCGGUGACCGAUGGGUGUUGCGACCCUGGUUGACUGGGAGGAUGGAGGAGGAGUGCUGACGUGAAGCCGUCAGUGAACCAGUGAUGCUGUCUGAGGCUCCGUCCCCACCUGGCCGCCGGGCUGGUGGCCUGCCUCUGUCUUCCGAGCCAUGGUGGACUCUGGCGGAGAUAGGUGAUGCCUGCGACCUGGAGUACGGAUGAGCUGACGACCAUGGCGAAGGAGUCCUACCGUGAACACGAGGGAGAACGCGUGACUGAGCUGGGAUCAGAGGUGCGGCUGCGGAGGUGACUUCUGCGCUUGUGCUGCUCUGCGGACCACUGGAGCUGUGUGUACUUGGUUGUUGGGUGCUCAGCUGACCAUGGCAGCCUCCAUGAGUGUCGUGGCCGUACCACAGUGGAGUGGGUGAUGGCGGUGCGGCCACUGGUUGGGUGGUGUAGUGCCGGUCUGCUUGGCGGCUGACAUAUUUGGCCUGUUACUGAUGAACUAAUCGACCUGCUGAUAGGUAAAGAGGGGAUGCCGCUGACGAACUGAACGCUCUGCUGUGCGGUGAACUGGAUGCGACGGGGGCACUGGUGGAUGAAUAAUGGCCUUGACUCCGCGCUGAGUUGCUAAAAGGGGGAGGAGUGUUGCUGCCAUUGCGGCAUUGGGUAAUGCAUUGUCCGAUAUUGUCAUUGCUUCGACACUCUCGGCACCAGUAUUACUGCUGGCGCCACCUAUCACGUUAUGGACAGUGCCACUUACCUACCGUAUGUUACAAUGAUUGACGACUGGUUAUUUUCACCUCGUAUGGCUUACGAUCUGCGUGUAUGAUAAAACGGUGGGUCUUUAAACAAUGACACUACCGAUUCCUUCCAUAUCAUUAACGAAUAACAUGGACUCGCUACUAACACGACUAACUGUUCUAUAUCCUUUUACCCUAACCUAUCGGUAGUGUCACAUUGUUCGUUAUAAAUACGGGCGAAUUAUGUUUAUUUUGACCUAUUUGCGAGUUAGCUCAUUUAUUGUUAUCUGCACUAAAUGCAUCGAAAGGAAUGGAUUGAUAAUAAUAAACUACCGGUUGAACCCGGACAAGGGAA